ACGGACGGACAGGGACAGACGGACGGACAGGGACAGACGGACGGACAGGGACAGACGGACGGACAGGGACAGACGGACGGACAGGGACGGACGGACGGACAGGGACGGACGGACGGACAGGGACGGACGGACGGACGGACGGACAGGGACGGACGGACGGACAGGGACGGACGGACGGACAGGGACGGACGGACGGACAGGGACGGACGGACGGACAGGGACGGACGGACGGACAGGGACAGACGGACGGACGGGACAGACGGACGGACGGGACAGACGGACGGACGGGACAGACGGACGGACGGGACAGACGGACGGACGGGACAGACGGACGGACAGGGACAGACGGACGGACAAGGACAGACGGACGGACAAGGACAGACGGACGGACAAGGACAGACGGACGGACAAGGACAGACGGACGGACAAGGACAGACGGACGGACAAGGACAGACGGACGGACAAGGACAGACGGACGGACAAGGACAGACGGACGGACAAGGACAGACGGACGGACAAGGACAGACGGACGGACAAGGACAGACGGACGGACAAGGACAGACGUGUUGGCUAUUAAAACGAGAAAGCAGAGGUUAA